CCAGGCGGCUGCCGAAGAUGGCGGAGGGGCAGGUUCUGGUGCUGGAUAGCCGAGGCCAUCUCCUGGGCCGCCUGGCGGCCACUGUGACCAAGCAGGUCCUCCUGGGCCGGAAGGUGGUGGUUGUACGCUGUGAGGGCAUCAACAUUUCUGGAAACUUCUACAGAAACAAGUUAAAGUAUUUGGCCUUUCUCCGGAAGCGGAUGAACACCAACCCCUCUCGGGGCCCCUAUCACUUUAGAGCCCCAAGCCGCAUUUUUUGGCGCACUGUGAGAGGCAUGCUGUCCCACAAGACCAAGAGAGGCCAGGCUGCCCUGGAGCGCCUCAAGGUGUUGGAUGGAAUCCCUCCACCCUAUGACAAGAAAAAGCGGAUGGUGGUCCCUGCCGCCCUCAAGGUUGUGCGGCUGAAGCCUACCAGAAAGUUUGCUUACCUGGGGCGUCUGGCUCAUGAGGUCGGGUGGAAGUACCAGGCGGUGACAGCCACUCUUGAGGAGAAGCGGAAGGAAAAGGCCAAGAUCCACUAUCGGAAGAAGAAGCAGCUUUUGAGGCUGCGGAAACAAGCAGAGAAGAAUGUGGAGAAGAAAAUCAGCAAGUUCACAGAGGUCCUCAAGACCAAUGGACUCCUGGUGUGAGACCAAUAAAGACUGUUUGUGCCUCAAAAAAAAAAAAAAA